AUGUUGCAGCCAUCUGUUAGAAAGCAGCAUAACUCCGGUUAUAAACACAAUGAGAGUGAUAUAGUAGAACCUGAAGUGAUAAUCGCUGCAUCUCCCUCUGUUGGUGGACUGUUUGAUUCAUUAACUGGUAGUAUAGGCAUAUCAUCCCGGGCCAAACCUGUAUCUCCACAAGUUGCUUCUUCUUCUCCUAUGGGAACAGCUAGCCAAGGAUCUGUCACAGCAGAUACUCCGAAAACGGGGUCUAGGCCUUUAGACAAAGAUGCACUCAUAACAUUUAUCAGUAGUUCAAUGCUCUUUGGUACGCCCUUGGACCUUAAUUAUUCCAAUAUUUUUACGAUCAAGGCAAAUGGAUUUUCUGCUUCAGAUUUGGCCCCUACAAACCAGAAGCAACCAGCAUGA